GCUUUGGGGCAUGACUAAGGGAUGGGAAUCAAGAACUGGUUCCAGAUGUUGACCACUUCUACCAAGACUGAACCACCCUCUUUAAGUCAGCUCUAUGUUUCCAGUUAAAUAGAGGCAGUCAGAUUCAGAUUCAGACAACUUUACUUAUCCCCCAAGGCCAAGUCCGUUCGCAGUAACCCUGUCGUUUGAGCCCUCCAAACGCACAAAUCAAAAAUCACACAGAUCAGAUCAGCAGACAAACAAAUCAGACAAGUGCAAGACAUUAACAGCAGCCAGUAGACAAACACAUUCCCGUCAGUACUCACAGAUCAGCAGGAUCAGCAAUAAAUUGCUAAAUAAAGUACAAUAUGCAGUCAAGCUCCACAGAGCAAUGGUUAAAAUACAAUAAUAUCUACAAGUUUGAGACACAAGAUAAGAAAUAUAACACUCCUGAAACUCCAUAACUCAGCUAAUAUAACAGCCAGGGAGUCAAUUCAUGAUGCACAUGUGGCAAGGGGGUGCUAUUUUAUUCAAAAAUAGAGAAUAUUGUCUCCAACCAGCAACGCCACCUGGGGACUUGCACCCCAGGAAACUGAACUUUCAAACUAAAACAGGAAGCUAAAAUAAGAAUAAGGCAACACAGGUAAGUUCUGAAGAGGCAGAGACAGAGUUCAAAAUAUUUAUUAGAUCAAAAAAAAUGAAGUUAAACGUAAAUAUAACUGAGAAAUUUAACCUAGGAGGGAAAGAAAGGGAUAAAGUUAAAACAUCAUAACAAAAACACAGAUAAGGGGCAAGAAAGUUAAUUUUAUUUCUAUAAUAAAAUUUAAAACAAGGCCUUCUACAAAAGUUAAAAAGUACAAUAACCCCAACUUAAACUAAAUCAAAGAAACCCAAACUAAGUUAACUUAAGAUAAGCUGAGGCCACCAGAAGGGAGGCAGACUACAGAGGGAAAGUGCAGGGGGUGCUCCCUUAUACUCACCAAGUGAAGCACAGCACACACACUGCAAACCUUCAACAAAAGAAACAAAAUCGGUGUAGUCUUGUGACCCGGUGUCAAACUCAUGCAAAGGUGGAGGGCCCUCACCCGGGGUGCCUAGCCUCCCAAACUAGUGGGCUCAACCUCUGAAAUAAAAUAAAAGGAUUAACCAAAGAAACAAACAAACCAGCGAACCCAGUUGGUAAAACUAGAGGGAACUAAGGAGAAAAGCAACUAAGGGUAACUAAGAACAGAAUGCAAACUAAUGGGGGAGUAACUGUGUAAAACAACCAAACUUAGAAGUAGAAACAAACCAAGUAAGGGGGGAAACCAAUCAAAAGGGCAGAAACAAUCAAAGUAAACAGGCAAAAAUAACUACAAUUAAUGGGGGCAACAAAACAGCAGCAGGUCUACCACCUACAAACAAAAAAGACAUGCUGUUAAAAGCAAUCAUAAAACUCUAAGGAUUAAAAGUUACCAGCCACCCUACUCACCAGCACUCUGAGCAGAUCAGAAGGCCGACUACAGGUGAGCUGCUGCCUUUUAUGCAGCUGACCUGAUUAGGGGAAGGGAGGGGUUAGAGGAGGAGGGAGAGCUGCAUUCAACAGCAGCAAGGUGCUGCCUGCCACACACAGAAGACAGGAGUGGUACAAUUUACUGUUAUUUCCAACAUGGAAAUGUUAUGUCUUCAAUAUUGGUCCUGAAAAUAGUACAAUAUAAUGCGCUAUCCUCCCGUAAAAUCUUGAUAGAUUCAGUGUGUUUUACAACAUCAAGGGCUUUUCUAUCUAUCUGGAUCAAAUCCCUCAAAUAAUAUAUAACAAUAUUGUCAUUUUUUUUUGGAAGCUGACCGUGCGAUUUAAAAACUAUCAUCAUUGUUUUAGUCUGUUAACCAAUCAGAGGCUGUGUUUUUGAUAAGCUGACCUGCAAAGGUCCAAUCAGAUUCCCAGCUUUCCUGUCUCAGCAGUACAGUGGAGCUCGUGAUGAACUGUUUGUUGACACUGAAAACCUGUUUAGGCCAACAUUUUUUUUGUUUGCAGGGAAUCCAUUAGAGCUGAUGAGAAACAAUCAAGACUCCUCUCCUGGGAAUGGCACUGAUCCUCAGUCUCUUGGUCUAGGACUGAUGGUGCGAUAGUUUCACCAGAUAAAAAGAACAAACUGAAAGUAUCCUGUGUCCAUUAUCUUUUCUGGUGUUACAUAACACAGAUCCAACAAAGGCCAACACUGUCCUAAAAAUGCUAAUUUAAGGUAAUUUCAAACUAAUGAUGUCAUGGAGGGUACAUCCACUUAUAUGUCCUCAUCCCAGGCACGGGAAGUUGCCAUGCCAACCAAAACAGUAUUGUCACCUUAAACUUACAUGUGUGCUGUUAAUGAGGUAUUAGCAAUAAUAGAGCUCAUCCCAGUUCCUUACAUUAUCAUUCAUGCAGUGAUCUUAAUUGGCAGGGAUGCUUUAAUGAUUAAGUGCUGCACUGAUUGGCUACAUGAAUGUCCUCUGAGGAGGGAGGAUGCAAGGAGGGAGACAGGUGUAGACAGAUGCGUACAUAAAAACCAAAAAAACUUGGCAAGCCCUCCAGGAGAACCCAGGCAGGUGCACUAUACUCAUGAUCCAGAAUGUGGCCCCAAGAUGUUGUCCUUGGGUGUUGAGCUACAAACCCCAAACCGAGCGAAGUUUGGAUUUCAUGUAAAAUUAAUUGGGGUUUGUAAAGUUUGAAUAUAUUCCUACUUUUUUGAGGUUAUUGAGGCAGCCUGGGGUUAAGAGUUUGGCAACUGAUGUUGACUCCUUGUUCUUAAAAAUAAAAAGCAGCCUCUGAUUUCUUUGGUCUUUCGACACUGUCACAGGUUAUAGAUAUUUGUGUAAGUUUUAGGAAUCGAACAUCUGGCUCUAACCUCUGACAUCUUGAUUUGAUGCAACACCUCACUAGCGUGGGAGGAAGUUAAAUCACUCAGAGGAGUGGGAGGGCUGGGAGUGACUUUGUAUCUGUGCUUAUGAAAAUAAUUUCGCCAGCGCUGCACAAUGAAGAGUUUGUUUCUCUCCCACAUUCUUAGGGCUGGAGGAUGACUCUCCUGUAUCAGUGUAUUAGCAAGGAAAACUGUGUUUAUCAUAGUAUGGGAUCUCUAACAGUUUGUUUCAGAUCCAAACUGGCAUCAUUUAACCUCAUCCAAAUCCACAGGCUUGUCCUUACCGAAAAAAAAGGAAACAAAUCAGAGGAAUUUGACCUUUGUUUGAACUUUCACUUCCUAGGAAAUAUUACCAGCACUCCAGAUUAGACAUGUUUAGUUUUGGUAAAACACCCUCUAAAUCCCAGACUUCCUCUGCUGGCACUAUAACUCAAGAAAAUUAACUACUGAGGGGUUUGUCUGCAUUGUUAAGGACCAGAGAAACUGAGGCCAGCUUCUGUGGAUUCGUUUCCAAGAAUAAAAACACUGAGUGUGGGACGUGCAAGUCUGCUCUGGUGGCUGUGACUCACAAUUACCAGCAGCUGGCUUUCUCUCUGCUUCCUGAGGUCCACGUGGAUUUCACAACAGCAUGCACUCCAGCUACAAAUGGAUUCCUCAAAACAUGCAUCAUCACUUCUUUGGAAGGGAGUUUUUCUGUAACUUGACACUCUGACUCUUUUCACGUUUGAUUCCCAGCCCUCACAGACGCAAGACUUAGCUGUGCCAGAGCUGACACAAACAACCAGACUUUCUCAUGUGAGUAUUGAGAUUAUCCUCCUGGAAGAUAUUCUAUUGGGAAUGAACCUGGAAUUUAUUUGUCACUAUAGCAGUUGUUUAUUUCUAUAGGUAUCGAGUGAAAAGACUACAAACAAACAAAUCAAACGAGGACCAUAACCAGCCAUGAUCCUGUGGUUAUUACUGUUGGUGUCACUGUUUUGUGGGAGCUCUGAAGAUAAAACUGGAAAAGCAGAUAGUGAGUAUAUCUCCUUUUCACUGCAUAAAGCCUGCUGUUAAGAAAUGUUCUGGUAUUAAUAGCAUGAGAAUGCUGUCAUAAAAUUACAAUAAAACUCUAACCACUCUUCUUUUCAGAUCUUUUUAACACAUUUAAAUUAGCACAUGAUUGUGAUUGAUUUCCAUUCCAGUUAAUGUUAUAAAUAAGAUAGACAAGUUCUUUUCGCUUUUCAUAACUCACAUAGCUGACAUGCCAUUGGCACAAUGAAGAGACAGAGUGAGAGCAAACCGGGUCACUUUGCAAAUUUGGCAGCAAACAUCUUGGCCAAAAACCUGCAGGGAAUUCCCUCCUCUUAUUUCAUCUCCUUUUAUAUCCCAAAAUGUCUUUGGAUUUACUGAAGCAGAUUGUUUCAGUCUGCAGAUUUGAAAUGGGUUGUAAUGACUGCAGCAUGAUACUUAUGGAGGAAGUGUCUGAUCAAUGUAUGUCAACUCGAAGUGGACGGGUUCAGAUUAAGAAACUCCUCUGACUAAAAGUGUGUCCAUUGUGUGUCCAAGUGUGACAAACAUGGGAGUUGCUGGUGUACCACUGCCCAAAACUCUCAAGACUCAAGAUUAAUGACAUUUUAAAAUGAUCAGCAACACAGAAUGUUACAUCUGAAACUGUUUCUUGCUUGUAUUUAACAUAAAUUCUGUUACUAUGUAUUAAAUAAUGCUGCUUAAAAAUUUGUCUGACACAAAUAUAAAUAUCAUCUUUCUGUAAUGUAUAACCCAAAAUAGUUACAGGCUGAGAUAACCAUGUAAUGUGCAUAAAGUGAUUAAAUUAUACAUGACUUUUUGUUAGUUUUUAAAUACUUUCUUUUUCACAACCAAAACAACAAAUUUCAUUCACCCACCAACCUACUCUAAUGUAACAAGCAUGACAAAAUAAACAAAUAUAAGCUAUAAAUGAAGAUAAAAGUAGUGGAAGAUUACUAAUGAAUAAUAAUAGCUAAGAUGGUAAAGAAAAUAAUUGUUAACAAAAAAGCAAAUACUUAUAUAAUAAAUGCAACAAACGGAAGAUAAAUACAUGAAAAUAAUAGAGAAAGAAUCAAUAAAUAAUAAAAAAAUUUAAAGGUUAUACCUUUAGCAGAAAUAGCAAAAAGUGUGUACAUUUAUAAACUAAUACAAUUAACACUUCCUUAAAGUAACCCUUUUCUGUUUUUCUCCAGCUCACCUCAAUUUUUCUUCUUUUUUCUUUGUCUUCAUGAGUAAACAUUUGCAUAGUGAAACCAUUGCAUGCUUUCUAUCUAUUCAUAUUUGAGCAGCAUGGGUCUACAUUAUCACAUAGAUGGAGAUGAAUGUUGGAAACCUUCACUUUCAGCUUUUUUUUUUUAAGUUUUUUUUUACCUUGGCCCUUCCCCCGCUGUAGUCUACCUUUUUCUUCAUCACACAGAAAGUAAACAUAGCAGAGGGAAGAAGUUUUUCCAGACUUGUAGUUACUGGAGCAGUGAAAAAAUGUGAACAAUUACAGCUAAAAAGAAAUGCACUUUGACUUUUCGGGGCAGCCUCUGCUCUUCGUGAGAACUUUGUUGGUCUUUGUGCCUUAAAAUAGAGCACACGCACACACACACACACACACACACGCACACACACACACACACACACACACACACACACACACACACACACAUAAUGUGGUCUGGAUCUGCAAGGUCACGUUUAAUGAAUUCUCAUGCCCUUAGUGGAAAGUUUCUUAGAAACUGAAUAUUUUUGGUUUACAUAAAAAUUAUAAGGAAAUAAUGAACUUGGAGUGGGUUCAACCUUAUUUGGUAAAAACAUUUGUAAACACAGAGAACACUAAUAUACGUGUGACUGAAAGAGCGGAUUUAUAUAUAUGUAGAUGAGACUGCGUUGUGGAUAACUUCAUCUAAGAGAGACAAUUUUUAUUGGGAUAUAUUUUAUUAUUUUUUAAAAUCAGAUCUUAAUUUAGUCAGGUUAGUCCCACUGAGAUCAUCAGAGACACAUUUACAGGAAUAUGAGGGGAUAACACAAGAUGGCCCUGCAGAUGGGGUCUUUUUAAAUUUGAAUCCCUAGACCCACAAGUCCUCCAAAACACAUACCCCAAAUUGGUGUCUUUAUUAAUCGAGGGAAACCCACUUGCACAAAUACAGGUACAGCUGAAAAAUUAGACUAAAUCAAAGUAUAUAACUGCAAAGUUGAGGGAAAAGUGUUGGAGAAGGUGACCAAGCUGCAUGAAAAGUGCCAAGAAAAGUGGAUUCAAGAAACUUGGGGAGCUUUAAAUUGAGGCUGGAGUCAGAGCACCAAGAGCCACCAAACACAAACAACUGUCAACUGUCAAGUAAAUUUAGCAGCUCAUUUAGAAAUUAAUGUCCCAGUGUGUAACAGAUGAUCAGAGAGGCCUAGAAUCUAAGUUUAGCAUGAACUUUCCACAGUCUGUGAUGACUUAAGGUGCCAUGUCCUCUGCUACUAUUAAACCACUAUAUUAUUUAUCAAGUCCAAAGUCAGCACAGCCUAAGUGCAUCAGGAAAUUUUAGAGGUCUUCAUGCUUCCAUCUGUUGAGAAUAACUAUUCAGGUACAGAUUUAUUUUUCCGGCAGGACUUGGCACCAACUUCAGGUUUUUCCUGUUUCUUCCCAACUCGGCAGCUACAAGGGGGCUGUCUAACAUGAGUCUAGGUCCUCCCCAAGGUUUCUGCCUGUUAAAAGGAAGUUUUUCCUCACCACUGUCACUCAUGUUGGUUGAGAUGGGUCAAAUCUGUCCCAUCUUAAGGUUGGAUCUUUGUAAUUCAUUAAACAAUCAAUUCACCAAGAUAAUUCAGUUUGAAGAUGCUGGGCUGGCAAUAAAAUAUAUAAUAUGAAAAUAUUUGCAUGCAGCAAGAUAUUUGUGUAAAAGUCUCUAACAAAAUGCAAACUUCUCAACUAAGCUAGACCAACAACUCCAACACUAAAAAGACUGUUUUUGCCAAUCGAGUCUGGUGUCUUUGUAGAGUGUCAAUUAACAUUUUGGCUGUUUAUGGUUUAGAAGAUCUCCCAGUCCAACAAAGAGGUGCAGGGAUCCUUUUUAUAAUGUUGCCAAACACCAAAAUAACAACCUGAGCCUGCUGAGACAAAAAACAAAACUUUGAGUGUAUACUUGGCCUUCACACUCUGCUUCACUGCUGCAGGUUAGAGAAAUCAGCAGCAGUGAAGCAGACUGUGAAGGAGCAGCAGCAGCAGCAGCAUCAGUCCCAGAUGUGUUUGUACUUGUUUGUCAUUCUAGUUGCAACAAUCAAAACAUGAGGCCAAGGGCUGUAAAUAUCCAAACUGCUGGGGAGUAAAAUCCUUUGAAAUUAUUGUCUUUUUUUUAAACUAAGGUGUGACACAUUGUGGACCCCAGAAUCUGAAACUCAACAGCUCUGACCAGACAAUCUUCUUGACAUGGGAAGACGACUCUUCCUGCUCAGCGGUGCGAGAUGUGCUGAUCUACAAGCUGGUGGUCCUUAUAGCAGAUCAAGAAGAACAUCACGUAAGAGAUUUGAACUCUCAAGUCAUCCUUAUUUCCGCAACAAUAGCAUUUAAAAUGGUCAAACAAACCUACCUCUGAUUUCAGGAUGAAGUGACCGUGAUGCCGGAGCAGAUUGGAUCUACUCACUCCUGGAAGUGGACAUCGAAUAUGCCGUUGGAGUGUGCGUCUCAUACAGUCAGGAUCAGUUUCCGAUACAACAACCAUACAAGCCUAUGGAUGCAGGAAAAAACUCUAUCUGGUAAAUAUCCCAUGUACUUUGAUCAUCAGACAUUUUUAUGCCAAAUUUGGGAGUGCAGGAAAAGCCCAAAUGCAGAUCCCAACAGGCAGACUAACUGGAUUUGUAAUGCAAAAAAUUACACAGAGACAGAUGCAGUUUGUAAGGAUGGCAGGAUUGAAGAUCCAAAGCCAAGUGAAGAAGAUCUUUGUCCCUUAUCUGAUCAGGGUUCUAGACAAGCAAAGAGGUCAAAAUUGAGGACUCAGGCGCAGAAGGUGGAAUUGCAGAAGAAACUCCAACAGUUUCGUAAUCACCUCUUUCUUUCGAUGCUGACUUUGUCUUAUUGUGAUGUGUUUGCAGGAAAAGAAGUCACCAAUGAGCCGCAGGUGUACCCAAAAGACAAUGUUUUCAUGGUUGGGAGUAAAGCCACCUUCUGCUGCAUCCUGCCUGCAGGACAGACUCUAAAGAAAAUGUACUUGGACGGGCAUGAAAAUGCUAAUAUUGGUACGACCAUGAUCAGCAAUCAGACGCACAUUUUGACAGUCAUCCUGGAUCGGCCCACAGACAAAAGCUGCACUAGGCUGUGGUGUCAGUCAUCUGACUACGGUGUUUGUGCUUAUGUUGGCUGUGAGUAUGAUUGUGUUCCGCAAUAGUCUGCAGUAUAAUUGUCUUAAACAUACCGUGUAAAUCUGGAUAUUUUUUAAUUUUUAUUUUUUUAACUUGCCUUGAUUCAGACCCGCCCCGUGACCAUGAUCUUCAGUGUGAAACUCAUGAUCUGAAAAGAGUCAAUUGUUGCUGGAAGAUAAAGAAUACACACCUGCACUUACCCAAGUUUUUAACAAAGUAUUAUCUAAAUGGAAGGUAGGAAACUGUUUUAUUACAAAACACCAAUUCUGACAGAUCUGGGACUCUGUGAAAUGUUGAUGAAAACAGAAUUUGAUGGUUGUCAAUAAUUUAAAGUUCAUUUUUAAUCUCAAAUGGUGAGAAGAAGACAUAUUGGACAUCAUGGACAAUAUAUGCUUAUACUAAAUUUGAUGUCAGCAAAAUGUUUCAUAAAAGUUUAGACAAGAACAUCCAAAACUCUGUAAACCAGAGACACCAGUGAACGAGAACACCAGUUUAAGAAAGUGAAAUGUUGUCCUAUUCUUACCUGACAGAGGAUUUCAGCUGCUCAACAGUUUAGGGUCUCCUUCGGCCUAUUCUUUUGUAUCAUGAUGCUCCAAAUGUUUUCAAUGGUUAAAAAGUCAGAAAUGUGGUUUGUCACUGUCUUGCUGGGUUUUAAAAUACUGUUUAUACAGUACUGGUACUAGUAUUGUACUGGUUUUGGAAAUUAAAACAAGAUUUAAAAAUAUUAAAUCUUCAUGCCGGUAAUAUUUUUUUCCUUUUGGACGACAUGAAGAAGAGUUUCCAGACCUGUUCCAAGGGGCUCUGUGAGGAAUUAUUGUCAAGAAGUUGAGGGGGGCGCUGAUAGCGGAAACUGGACGUUAACGGCAGAAAAUAAACUUGGGAAGUUGGUGCUGACAGACAGAGCGGACUUGUUGAAAAGAGGUAAAAGAAAAUAAGAACUUUGCGAUUAACGAGAACUUGUUUGAUUUUCGAUGUAUGUGUUCAACCUUAAAUUCAGCUUUGUCUCUUUUGUUUCAGUGCACAUGUUUGCUCCAUUGGGAGUGUCCGCUUCAGCUGUGAACGCCAGAAAUGUCAGCCUGACAUGGGAGUGGACAGUGCAAGGCUAUCAUAAUCUGGAUAUUACAUGUCAAGUAAAUGUCAGCAGUGGUGAAACAAAUACUGUGGUGAGUAAACGAAAGGAGGAGAUUUAUGGUCUGUUCCUUUUCUGAACCCCUGUAGUUGGGUAAUUCCGGUAUUUUGCUCUGUCCUUCUAAAUUUUGACAUCGAAGAGGAAAAGGUUUUGCAAUGUCUACGGUUGAUUGCUUCAGUCUGCAGCUGUGAAAUCUGUAAUGGAUGCGAAACAAAGGCAGAAGUUCAAAAUGACGAAGAAUUCAGUCUAAUACUGGUGUUGUUCAUGUUUAAUUUCCAGGUUAAUAUUUCUGGAGUCGGCCUUAGUUCUGCAGUUGUGGUUGAUUUGACACCAAACUGGAUCUACAGUGCAGAAGUAAGAUGUGGGACGACACAACAUCUUUGGAAAUGGGGUAACUGGAGCAAAACCUUUAGCUUUCGCACAAAGGGGGAUGGUAAGUGUUGAAAAACCAACAACCAAAGUGUUCAAUCAGUUCAGCUUUGUGGUGAACUAAUGAUGGUUUUUCUCACAGUUCCAGAUGCUCUGGAUGUGUGGAUGCGAAGGGAGGAUAACCAAACUCUUAUUGUUUGGAAGGUAAGUCAGAUGAGCACCAGAUUAGUUUUAUAUGUAUAAGGUAUGUUAAUGUUAUCAAAAUCUCACAAUAUGAUAAUAUCACAUUAAAAAAUAAUUGACAGGAUAUUUACCAGAUGUUAUGAACCCAGACAUGAUACAGCUUUGUGGCUUGAAAUUUCAUCAACCUAACCUUUAUUUCCUCUCUGCAGGAGCUGUUGGCCAAUCAGAGUCAUGGAAAUAUCUCUGAGUAUGAAGUGAGCUGGGUGAAGACCACAGAGAGAGAACAUUUAAGUACAGCCAACACCGGUCCAGACAAUCACAGUGUUUCCCUCAGUUUGGACCUCACUGAGGAGUACAUCGUCACUGUGACAGCAAAGAAUCGAAACGGCAGCUCAUCCCCGUCAACCAUCACCAUCCCACGACUCAGACCAGGUGUGAUACGAGCAGGACUGUGUGUAUUGUUAACAACAAUCCAAAAAUCUAUUGCGUAAAGCUGAUGUCCGAGUCUCUUUUCAGACGGAACUGCAGCUGACACUUCUCGGAUCCUUGGUAACAACGGUGGCUUUGAGCUGUCCUGGUCUGCGAGUCCUGUAGCUGGCUGUGGAUACAUCGUGGAUUGGUGUCCCACGUCAGAGAGCUGCAGAGUGGAGUGGCUGAAAGUUCCUCCAAAUGAGACAAAAGCUCAAAUCUUUUCAAGUUAGUCUAAAUCUUUGAACGAAGCACAAAUACACCUUCAUGUAGUGAGUUCUUGUGCGUCAGUCUUAUUUUCUUAUCCCUUGAAUGCAGAAAAUUUCAGAGAUGGGCAAAGAUACUCUCUGUCAGUAUACGCGUGCACACAUGGAGCUCCAGUCCUACUAGAGAGAAGAGAGGGAUACGUAAAGGAGCAAAGUAAGUUUUUCAUUUGCCAAGAUGAUUUAGCACUUUAAUAAAUAAACUUUUUUUUUCUGACAGUUUUUCAUUUAUGUUUCUCUCUGUCAGGAAUAAAGGAUGGCUUGUUUAAAUUAUUAAGGUACAAACAGCUAGAUUUAGACGUUCAGGUAUCCUGGGAUCCGGUACCUUUAGCAAGUCAAAGCGCCUUCAUCCAAGGAUAUGUUCUGUACGGUGAGGACAAGAACAACAGACUCGUCUGCAAUGUCAGCACAGGUCGGUGAAACUGAACUGAUAACAUUAUUUCUCCUUCACUAAGUAUAUAAAACACUACAAAAUGAAGCACGAUAACAACAAAUGAAACAGUGAAUGAAGGUAUCAGGGCAUAGCUUUGGCUAUUUUGAGCUGAAAUGGCUAGAAUCCAUCCAUCCAUACUCCCAACCACUCACUUUCUUCAACUUGUUAGGGAUCAGGUUACAGGGACAGCAAGAGAGUGCUGUGAGUUCAAAAUUAAAAGAGCUGAUGCCAAGUAUCUUAUUGCAUGUACGAAGCUGACGAUGAAAGCUAUGUUUCAAAACUAGAUGCUAGAAAACUCUGUUGGUGGAUACAGUUCCUCAGCUGUAAUUGUGAGUGAAUGUAAAUACGACUGAUGUCAGUAUUUAAGAGUUUUAUUGCGUUAGGAUAGAAGUUAUGAUUUAUGGGUUUUUGUAAUGAAUGACUUCAGUGUUGGGAGAAAUUAAAGGUUCAGAAUUAAAGGAAUAUGUCCCUCUCUUUGUCCUCUCAAGUUUUCUUUAAGAUGUUUCUUGAUAACAUGAAUCUCUAUCUUGGUUUAGGUAAUCCUAAUGCCACCAGCCUGAUGGCAAAAAACCUUGCUAUCGACACCUACACCUUCACAGUAAAGGCAAUGACAGCAGUUGGAGACUGUGGGGAUACAGUCACCAUUGCCACCUUAAACUCACUGAGUAAGUUUCCUCUCUUCUCUCUCAAAAAGAGCAAAAGGAGUAAAACAAUAAAUUACCAAAGCAUUUAUCACUUGAUUUACUUUUAUCGCUGUAUUUUCUCUCUAGCCGAUGAGCUGAUCAAGGUGGUCUCCAUCUCAUUGGUGUCGAUCUUUUGUCUCCUCUGUCUCAUCACCUUUCUUUGCUACAGAAACUGGUCAUGGUGAGAAAGUUACAGUUUUUAAUGAGCUCAUGAGCCCAAUCUUGGCCUCUGAUAAAGUUAUUUUAAUGUUUUCCAUGACAUCUGUCUGACACAUUGUUCUUGCUUUCUUAUAUCCGACAGUAUCAAACACAAGGUCUAUCCUCCGAUCCCAAAGCCAGUGUUGACAGACAAGUGGUUGACAACGGUAGGCUCUUACAUUUAUGCUUGAAAGUCCACGAUAAAAAGCUCUGUGUUAGUGGAGGGCCUUUACAGUUUCAUUAUGAGUAUGAAGUCAUGAUGUAAUGAGAGCAAAAAUUAGUUAUUUUAUGUUCAUAAAGUCAUUUUAACAAUUUAACAUUGUUUUUCAGUGAAUAAAGUGAUUGAGUUUUGUAACUGUAAACCAUAACUUUAGUCCAUGAUAAGACGUUGGUUUACGGCCACUGUUGAGGGUUACACCAGCUGAGCAGCCAGCCUCCAGUUUAAACCUGAAUAAGACUGUGUAUCUGAAAUUCUUCAAUAGAACAGGUUUAACGAAUAAGGAAAAUCUUGUUCCUAUAACUUUGUUUUCGCAGCAUAACAGCUUUAAUCUGGUUGUAUUCUGAGUUGAUUUUCAUCAGACUUUAUUCUUGUAAUCUUACUGUUUAAUCUAUGAAAUCUUGGUUUGAUCUUCUUCCUUGAUGUAGACCUUUUACUUCCUUGCGCUUGUGGCAUUUAGUUAUAAAUCACAGAAAUAUAUAUAUUUUAAAUUAAAGAGCUUGUUCUGCAGAUAUUACAUGUAUUUCUCAUUAUGUUUCAUCGCUGGUUUGCAGGAAAGAGACAUCAAAAUAUCACAGAUGUUUCCAUAAUAAUGAGGUCUUUUUCCCUUUUUUCUAGGUCAAUAAUGGUUGUUAUCUUCACGAGGGGUCAUAUCUUCACAGUGAAGCAGAUAUCAUGGAUGUCCCAGAGCUGUUCCAAACAGCAAGAGCUCCAGUGGAGGACUAUGACCAAGAGAGCAUUUCUUAUACUUCUGUGCAACCUUUAAACAGCUACUACAACCUGCCUAUGAAAAACUGCGUCCCACAGCCCUCCACUUUACUCGCUACAGACAUCCCACCGACAUCAAGAAUACUGUCACCUCCAUUCAGAGGUUUAUUUCCAAACCCAUCGUACAAGAUGACCUUGGAGCAGGAGUAUCAGCCAUGCAGCUCACCUCCUGAACUUCAUGGGGGCACAUAUUUAGAGAAGAGCUGUGAUGGAUACCAGCCUCAGAUUCAGACUACAGAACUCUUUCCAAACCUGACAAACAACAGUCCUGACAGCUCCUUAUUUUGUGUUUCUUCUUAUGUUCUGCUACCACAGUCAUCUCACACGUAGACGCUUCAUGCACAGCUAACACACAAAGAUUUAAUCAUAUCUGGUAAUGCUAUUUCAACUGAUUCACUCUGACCUUGAGUUUUUUUUCAGCAGUUUAAAUGACAUAUAAAGCUACACAAAGGAGAGAGGCUUGUUUUUUGUCUUAGGCUCUGACUGUUGUCUGAUCAUGCUGUAUGUGUCUGUGUGACAGAGUGAAUGUUGAGUUGAUUUCCACUGUGAACACUGGAGGGAGCUAGAGCGACACUUUUGAAGACUGAACACUGUGAAGACUGAACUUUUACACUGCCUAUUGAGGUAUUUUCUCAAACUUUUGUGUUUUCUGUUUAUUUUUUAUACUUGAAGUCUCUGCAUUGGUUUGCAGUUACUGUACUUAUAGUGCACUAUGUUUUCUUAAAUAAAAAGAUUUAACCAGAUGAGACAAA